AAAUACGAUUAUAGAUUAUUUGUGAUUAAACAUUAUUUGUUAGUAAUUAUUUAUUUAUUAUUUGUUUAUGUUUUUAUUCAUAUAUUUAUUUGGAAAUGCAACUUGCAACUUCAUGGUACAUAGGAGCCUUGAUUUUAUAACUCUUAUGAUGUGAACCAGUUAACGCCAUUCUGAUUGGCUGAGGCAGAACGUCGUCAUAAGCCAACCAGUAAACGGCACCCUGAUUGGCCGAGGCAACACGCCAAGCUUUUGGCGCGAUUCUUCAAAUUCCAUCAACCUUCUCUCAGUCUGGUUUGAUCUCCGUGGAAGCAAGUGGCCGCUCGGCUCCGUUCAGCGUACAUCAAGAAUCACCGUUUUCUACUAAGUUGAAAUUGGAUUAAUGAAAUUUGAUGACAGAGGACAGAGGAUGAAGCAAAGGACUGCAGAGAAGUGGAGGUGGAGGAGACACAGCAGUCACUCAGGACUGAUUAUCCAUUGUGGAGAAUCCCUGAUCCCAGACCUGGACAGCCAUGAUGUGGUGGUUGUAAGUGAGGAGGAGGAGCAGCAGCAGCCACCAGAUGUGGGGGACACUGGGAGUCUGGGCCUCCUGUGGUACGAUGAUGAUGAAGGUGAAGGUGAAGAGGAGCAGCCGUCGAUGGAACCAGCAACGAGCUCCACACAGAAACAAGAAGAUCUGCAGGACCCCGAUUAUCAAAUACCAUCAAGGUCAUUAUCACCCAGAGUUCGGUCUGACAGGAAGAAGCCUGGCAGGCCUCGCGUCAGUGACGUGCACAGCCAUCUCCAUCUCAGAAUCCGCAUCCUGGAGGACUCACAGACGGACGUGCUCUCCAAAACAGUGUUUAAGAAAUGUCCGGUGCAGGAGCUGCAGUGUCCUCGUGGUCUACAGGAGACAGACUUCCUGGACCUGCUGAGGUCCACCUUCCCUCAGCUGGCUGCUGACCAGCCUUUCGACUUCUUCACAUCUGACAGAACCAGGAGGCUACAGCCUCUGAGAGUGAAGAGUCUGACCCCGGAGGAGAUCAGCAGGAUCAUCAGGUCCACCGGGGCAGGAAACUCCACCCUCUACAUCCGACUGAAGACAGGACAGGAUCCGCAGACCAGCAGCGAAGACCUGCAUCAGGACGAUGCCACCAAAGAUUCUCCGUCCAGCUCUGCCACGAUGACAGCUGAUGCUGAAAUGUCUGCGAGCUCGUCGUCUCCUGGAGAUCAGUCUGAGAGGAGGAGGCGUGGCAGACCUCGGCUCGGCGAAGAGCCCACUCACCACUGUCUGAGGAUCUGCAUGCUGGAAGAUUCCCAGUCAGACGUUCUGUCAAAAGAUGUGUUGAUGAAAUCCUCAGUGCAGCACCUGAAGUGUCCCCGUGGUCUGCAGGAGACAGACUUCCUGGACCUGCUGAGGUCCGCCUUCCCUCAGCUGGCCGGAGACGACAGACCUUUUCACGUGUUCAAGUCGGACCGGAGCCGGAGACUCCAGAGGCUCCGAGUAAAGACUCUGACCCCGGAGGAGAUCUACAGGAGCAUGAAGUCCACCGGGGUGGAGAAGACUCUGCUCUACAUCAGACUGAAGACGGGUGAAGAAGAAGAAGAGGAGGAGGAGGAGGAGCUUCACCUUUUACCACGAAACGUCGACGAUGCCGAUGAUUCUCUGCCCACUGUCGCCGUGGUGACGAGAAGCGACGAAGCCGAGCUCAGUUCAAGCAGCUGUGCUCAACACGCAGGCGACCGAGCGGACGCUCGACCCAGCAGCUCAGCGUCACAGCAGAACACGGAACCUGAUGAUGAAGAUGCUGCUGUAAACAAAGAGCCCAGAGAUGAGACGUUUCACAGAGACGACAACCGGAAACCGGAUCCUGACCUGCAGGCGUCAAAGGCGACGAGGAGACGAGGACCCAGAGCGUGUGCAGAGGAGAGGAGUAAAACGCCCUGUAAAGUGUGUGGAGUUUGGUACAGAGUGCUGGGCAGCCUCAUCAAACACGCCUGGAGUCAUGUGGACGAGGCGCAGUGCGUGUGCGGAGUGUGCGGGGAGCGUUUCGAAUCUGUGGACGAGUUAAGGAGACAUCUGAGUGACCACCAAAAAACUCACGACUGCUUGUUCUGUGGAAAGUCUUUCUCCACCAUCACCGGCCUCAACCGCCACACCACUCUGCACACAGGAAACCGGCCGUUUAAAUGUGACGUCUGCAACAAAACCUUCGCUCACAUGUCCAGCCUGAGCGUCCACCGCUGGGUGCACGUGGCCGACAAACCACACAAGUGUGAUAUUUGCCCAAAAGCGUUUGGACUGAAGGCGCAGCUCAGAGCUCACAGCAAGGUGCACACAGGUCGGGACAAGUACCACUGCAACAUCUGCGGCAAGGCCGUCUACGACCUCCGCUCUCUAACCCGCCACAAGGCCACUCACUCGGGGGAGAGACGUUACGGCUGUGAGGUCUGUGGGAAGCGUUUCAAAAUCCCCAGCACGUUAAAGUCCCACGAGAAGAUCCACACGGUCAGAGAGCGGCCGUACCUGUGCCACAUCUGCUGCAAGACCUUCCUGUCCAACUGCGGUUUAACAGCUCACAUGAAGACGCACAGCAGCGAGAGGCCGUUCAUCUGCAUCAUCUGCAGCAAAGGCUUCAUCUCCAACGGCGAGCUGAAGGCGCACAUGCGUGUCCACACCGGCGAGGCGCCGUACGGCUGCUCCGAGUGCGGCCGCUUCUUUAAACGCAAGACUCACCUGAACAACCACAUCAGGACACAUUUAGGCAUCAAGCUGUUUGUCUGCGGAGUGUGUGGGAAAGCCUGUUCCCGCCAAGAACACCUCAACGUCCACAUGAGGACGCACAACGGAGAGAGGCCAUACCAGUGCUCCCUCUGCGACAAAGCCUUCACUCAGAGUCACUGUCUGAAAACACACAUGAAGAGUCACCAGGAAGAAGAAAAGCCGUUUCUGAGUCCGUCCUCGUCCUGAACCGCCCUGUCUCCGAAGGACGACUCUGGGUCUCAGAGCCUCAGACCUGUCCUCCUCGUUGCUUUGAUCACGCAGCUGCUUUAAAUCAUCAUUUUCCUGUUUUCCACUGUUUCACGAAGGAAACGUUCGAUCAGUGAAUUCACCAAACGUGAAACAUCUCCGGGUCCACUUUUUAAAAAUGAAGGAACAGCUGAUUCCAGCGUUCAGGUCCUGUACUGAGACACUGAGCUGCAGAGACGCUGAGCUGC